AUGAGCAAAGAUUGGGAACGUUGGCGUGAUGGUAAAAUUUGGAAAAAGUUUGAGCGUCGUGAUGGUUGCAUAUGUACUCGUACUUAUACUUAUUCUUAUUCUUAUGAUGAUCUUGUUCGUCGUGGUUAUCAUGAUAAUGAGAGUUAUACUAAUACUGAUAAUGGUCAUUUUGGUCUUAAUACUGUUGGUUCUUAUGAUCGUUAUGAUCGUGCUACUAAAGAUCGUUAUGGUGAUACUAUAUAUCAUGGUGAUCCUGAUCAUCGUUAUGGUGCUCGUUAUAGUACUGGUCUUUCUUUUCUUGAUUGUCGUAAUUAUGAUCGUGGUACUUGCUUUUGUGUUGACAAUGGUACGGCUUAACUGUUUUUUUUUGCAUUAAUUCAGAAAAGUGGUGAAAACAGGGUGAAUCAAGCAUGCCACGAUCUUGAGAUUGAGUAAAAUAAAAUAAAAUGAAAAGAGUUAAAAUCUAUGGAAACAUCUCAUCCAUUGACGUCAAAUGUAGGUCAUGUUUGGAUAGAAUGUAUCCACAGUAGAUGCAGCUCAACAAGUACGUACGACUUAUCGAACGAGGAUCACAAAAUCAGAACAGGAAUCGAACCUGUAUCUUUCAAUAACCAGUCGGUUCAUUCUAUCCUCGAACGAUCUGAUUUUCUCUUGAAUUAAGAUACUUAUUACUGUACUAUGUUAAUUUAUUUUCGAUGUUGUAUAGCGUGUGUGUCUGGGUUAUGCUGUGUACCAAAGGGUUUGUUUUAGUUACGAUACAUUUGAUGAAUUCUUUUUUCGGAUGUUAUAAGUGGUAUGUGGGCAGCACCUAUCACCCAGUCAGACGAAUAAGGAAAAACUACGCGUUAAAAAAAUGAACGAAAAUAAAAUCGCAAAAAUCGCUUAUUGUGAGG